AUGAGAGAAUUAUUGAGAAGGCGGACAAGCGGCUGUCGGGUGGAAAGCGGCGUCCUUAUCAUGGCUGGUCGUGUAGUUUUGGCGAAUGCAGUCGUAUACGCCCUCCCUUUCUAUACAAUACAAUCAGUUCGUCUGCCGGCCUCCAUUUGUGAGGGCUUGGAGAAACGUCUGAGACGUUUUAUUUGGGGGAGCUCGCGCGACAACAGAAAAAUUAGUCUGGUUAAGUGGGAGGAGGUUUGUAUGGCGCGGGACCAUGGUGGCCUGAGUCUGACACGCCAAAGAACGAUGAACGGAGCUUUUCUAAUGAAGCUAAGCUGA